AUGAUACGAGCGCUUGCUGUAUUGCUGGUGAGCGUCCUCUGCCUUGCAGGCGCCGUAGGCCUGCUCGACAAUAUGGUUCUUGGCAGGGGGCCUGCAGCUGUCGCAGAGCUCGCUGGACGCGACGGCAUUGUACUGCCUCUCGAAAAGCGUCCUGGAACAGUGGAAAGGAUCUAUUCGGCGCCAAGGAGGCACGGCGAGCUUGCCGCGCUUCUCCGACCAGCGGUGAGUGGCGUCCCGGGCGGCUCCUCUCAAGAAGAUAAGCUGCCCGUAAACCCGCUCGCUGGAGGAAUCGUGAACGUCGGUGAGUACUAUGUUGCUAUAUCGGUGGAUAAUCAGACAGUUCACGUCCAGAUUGAUACAGGAAGCUCCGCAAUAGCUUUUCCUCUGAGCCAGUGCAAGAACUGCCUCAAGGGCGAUCGUCGGGUGACUCUAGCGAACCCCGACUUGACACGCAUAUCCUGCUCGAAUGAGUCUAUUUGCAAACCGUCGACAUGUAAUAGCCUGUGUGGUGCGUGCUCUGAAGCGAGCAAGGCCUGCUGUGCUCCAGUAGACACCAAAGCAUGUGGCUUUCGACUCAUUUACGGGGACGGCAGUUUUGCCAUUGGGGCGCUCCAUGUUGGCCGUAUAACGCUUACGCAAACAGGGUUGUCAGUGUAUCCCGCAUACUUUGGUGGGAUCCUCCUGGACUCUGCAUCAUUUGAGCACGUUGAUGUGGACGGUAUCUGGGGUCUCGCAUACCCGUCGCUGGCGUGUAAUCCAUCAUGUGUCCCGCCAGUCUUCGACACGAUGGUACGCACGGGGGUUGUCCCGCGCGAUAUGUUUGCGCUGUGUUUGACGGACACAUCUGGGGCUUUGGUGUUCGGCGGUGCUGCCGGCCCGGAGAUGCGCAAGGGCGAGUACCGCUGGGUACCUAUGGUGAAUCGUGCGGUUCGCACGUACUACGAGGUUGGCGUCGAGUCGGUUCGCUUCGGCACCGAUGAGAGCGCUGGUCUCCCAGAGAUCCGAUCCGCCAUUGUCGACUCAGGCACAACACUGAUCGUGAUAAGCACGAGCGCCUUCGGCACAUUGCGAGAGCACCUCCAAUCCCGGUACUGUGACCAAGUACCAGGCCUAUGCGGCGAAAAAACCUGGCUCGAAACCGGUCGAUGCGCAACGCUGACCGACAGGCACGUUUCGCGCCUUCCACCGAUCAAUAUCCGGCUGGCAGGCGGUGUCGAACUGAGCGUUCCUCCGGAGUUGUAUAUGCUGCGUGCCCAGAAAAAUGGCCGAACAUUUCGUUGUUUUGGCAUUCAGCACGUUACGGGGGAACUUGUCAAUGGACGGGUCAUUCUUGGAGACACAUUCAUGCGAGCUUAUGUCACAGUGUUUGAUCGAGAGAACUCCCGGAUCGGUUUCGCGCCGGCGGCAGAGAACUGCGGAAUGCCUGCAGCCGGAGAUCGCGGUAUUGUGUACACCUCGUCGAAUGCGACCGACAUGUUGCCACGCGCUGGCUCGACUAAGGACAUCGCUAUCUUUGGAUUUCAUGUUUCGCGCAGUGCGGCCUUGCUGUUUGGCCUGGUUCUGGCAGUGGCUCUAUUGUUAUGCCUUGCUGCUGUAAUAGUUCGCUGCAUACGGUCACGCCGAGCGGCUGCUCAGACGGACGACCCCGGCCCUCGCGCGGACGGUUCGAGGACUGCCCUCCUGUCGGAUGUGUAA